GCAGCCCGGAGAAGUUUAGAGGAGAGUGCGUACAAUUUAGCAGUAUUCUCUUAUCUUAGACGUCAGGGUAAGAGGAUACUAUGGAGGUUAUCAGAGAUAGAGUCAGGUUUGUUUUAUAGAGGAUUUUUACUCGCAGAGGUUUAGGGCAUCGCGGUUUUGGAAUAAUCUUUUUCUUACGUGUUUUUUUAACCGCGUCAUCUGCUGUAGAAAAUGUCUGGUUUUGGGGUUUGGAUUAACGCAAUUUGGAUUUUACUUUUAGCCGUUUUUGCCGUGGCUUUUUCAAGCUACUCAGAAGACCAGUGCAGCUGGAGAGGAAGUGGUUUGUCCAUGCAGCAGGGCAGCGUGGAGCAGAUCUCCCUCCACUGCUCUGAGGGCACACUGGACUGGCUGUAUCCCAAAGGGGCCCUUCGCCUCACCCUUUCACCCCGCCUGCCCUACGUGGCGGUGGGGCCCGGCGGCAGCAGCUCGGGCCUCAUCACAGCCUGCGUCAAGCCCUCGGAGGAGUUCCACGGAGCCCAGCUGUACCUGGAGAGAGAUGGGGUCCUGGAGCUCCUGAUAGGAGACCGCCUGGAGUCCUCUCCUCCACCGAGGGUUCGCUGCUUCAGCCGCCUACCUGGGGAGAGGGUGGCUCUCUUCCUGCAAGCUACACCUCAUCAGGACAUCAGCAGGAGGAUCGCCUCCUUCCGCUAUGAGCUGAGAGGAGACUGGACCGCUCGCCUGUCGCUGGACUCCAGCCCCAUCAGCAGUGAAGAGGCCUGCAGACCCUGCAACAACACUGAGAUUCUGAUGGCUGUUUGCACCAGUGACUUUGUAGUGCGUGGUAACAUCCGAUCAGUGGUGGAAGACGAGAACCUACGAGCAGCGGUGAUCAAGGUCAGCGCCACCCGCGUGUUUCGUCAGAAGUACACCCUGUUCACCGGCAACAGUCGCCUGAACAGCCGGGGCGAGGUCAGGACUCUGCUGCAGUGUGGCGUCAAACCGGGGCCCGGCAGCUUUCUUUUCACCGGGCGGGUCCACUUUGGGGAGGCCUGGUUGGGCUGCGCCCCCCGCUACAAGGACUUCCAGCGGGCUUACACUGUAGCCAAAGCAGCCCAGCAGAUACCUUGUGAACUGCCUGUUGACUGAGUUAUAAACUGCAGCAGCUUGUCUACCAUUUAGAGUCAAGGCCCUACUGAAAGCCAGGCCAAACUCAGCCCUGUUCCAUGUAUCGGAAGAAGCCACAGUGUGCAACUGUUGGCCGAUGUAGCCAUAGUGCCAACGGAUAUCGUCUUCCCAAAGGACUGAGGAGUGAAAUGGACUUUUCCCAACUCCAUUUCAGUGCAAUAUGCAGUCGCCGGAUCAGAACGAACCUGAUGGGGUCGUGACAUGAGGGACGUGGCUGAAAUGAAGAUUUAUAAGCAUUUGGCAUUGGACAGUUUUUACACACAGUAAUGCCUUUAUGCAGGUUCGGAGAAAAUCUAUUGAAAAGCUUUCCAUUCGGGAUAAAUUAAGUCAAGCCAUUAAUUCAGGCCUAUUGAGAGUCAUUGCUUAGAAACUCAGGAAAAUAAAUUAAAAGUUCUAUAGAAAGCGUACUGCCUGUUAGUUGGUAUCCCAAUGAGGAUACACUUUAGGCACCUUUUUUGUUCCUAAAAUGUUUGGCCAUGGAAAAGUGAUGUUUUGCUGGCUACCCCUGUACUGGGGUCAUCCUCAGUGUUACUAUUAAGGAGAUUAUUAAAGAAAAAGUCCUCACAAAAGGAGAUGUUAAAAAAUAUAUAUUUGCACUGAUAAAGGGAAGGGAAUGAGCUGGAAAGUGUGAUGCUGCGAGCACUGAAAACCAAAUAGAAAGCAACGAUAUGUAGCAUAGCGGAGCGAUUGAGAAUUUAAUAUAUGUACAGAUAAUGUGAGCACGUACAGUAGUAACACAAAGCUACGGCCACCUGAGCAGGUUUCACAGCUCAAACUAGUGCUCAAAGCACUUUCACAUUCUAGCCAACUCUGAGAUCCUGCUGAGAUUCAUUUCAGUAGUAAUGCAAUAUUUCUGCAUAUUUUUACUAAUUGGACUGUAUUUGACUUUAAAGAGAAUUAUUUAAAAGAAAAUGUCGGGGUGGAAUUGCAGCAGUGUUGCCAAAGCAGUUAUAAGGUUUGUUGUUGUGAAGUCAUUCACUGCUCUCUGCUGAUGUUGUCAUAUAUUAUCGCACAUAAGAAACUAAAACCAAGAAGCUAUUUUAUGAUGUGAAGUAAAACAAGAUAUUCACCUGUGUGUAUAUAAUCAGCAAUGUUCAUAAAACUGUUGACAAUAGCCAUUCAGAACUGAAGUCCAGUGUUAUUAUAUGAUAUAAAUAAAUGGAUGAAAAAAUCCUCUAACCAGCUUUUGGUUGGUAUUACACUGGACGAGGCUAGCUCAAGAGAAACACAAAAUAUGCAUUCAGUGUAUAAAAUUCUGUUCUGUAAAAUGAUUUCAUAUCUAAUGUGCACUAUAUCAACAAGGGGAGGGGUUCAUACCAAAUUACCGUGAUGUGCUGAUGCUGUAUGCGUACACUGCCAUUUUGCUGUUUGUUAUUUUUUAUGUGAAUUUAUGUCAAUUUCAAUGUGAAUGUAAAUAUGUUAAUAAGAAAUUCUAGAAACAACGGCAUGGAAAAGUCUGUGGAAAAACAACAUUGUGUCAGUAUUGUGGAUUAUUUUUAUGUUUGUCUGUGUUAUUAAAAUAUACUGGAAGAAAACGG